AAUCAACACUGUUGCCAUUAUUCAUGUUGUUGUCUUCCACCAAGUACACCGACAUGGUGUCGGUCGGCUCGGCGGAUCCAAUGCACAGCGGCGAGGUCCAAUACAUCACUGAAGCACGAAUGGUUAAAGGCCGGAAACAGUACCGCGUUGUAUGGGCUCGACCUCACUUGUGUGGCCGAAAACAAUCCUGGGUUUAUGCCAACCUACUGGAGAAGUGCCCACAAGCAAUUGCAAGCUUCAACCGUUGGCAAGACUACUGCAAACAACACGGCGAGUGCAUAUCGUUUGCCACGUUCCGUUCCCACGACGCUCAUUGGCUGGAUUUUUGCGACGAUGGGUCCAACACGUGUUUGAUUACUGCCUUUCGAAUUGCUGCACGUCUCCUUAAACAGCCUUUGGCCGUGAGUGACGACGACAUGGCAGCCUAUAUGGAGUCCAAUGGCAUUUCCGCCAACGGCGGCAUCCCAGCGCAGUGUAUGCGAAGUUUCAUUCGAUUCUUGGGAACGAAGGGGUUCAAGUUCAGUCAUGCCGUGUUCGGCAACAACCUUUUGUUGGAAUCGAGCGGCAAUCCAACCAUUGAUUUGUGUGCGACGGUUCGACGAGUCGGCGAAGGUGUAUACUUGUUGACCUCAGUAACGCAAAAUAUCGCGCACUGCUGGAUCGUACACUGCGAUGACUACUUAACGACCUUGUUCGACAGCGCAGGUGCGAUACCCCUUGGUGAAUUUCCUGCGGUAGACUUCAUUCGGACUAUUCGCCGCAUUUCUCCUUACAAGAAGAAACGGUACCGCAAACGAAAUCGUAACAACGAGCAUGCAAUGAUCAUCUAAUGCAUUUAUCUUGUUCU